AUCUGGGCUAUGCUACUUGGGUGCUACUGUACUCCGGGGUUUGGAUUCUGGAGCCUUGCACGGUUGUGUGCUGACUGUCCAAAGUGAUGCAGCUGCUAACUUGCAUAUGGUCAUGGCGUUGACGUGGGUUAUUCGGCUCGUCCUAGCCGACAACAACCGCAGCCCGAUAUUGAUCAGAGUGGCGCAAAAGGAAGGCGGUCAUGAUCUUGACCUCGAUCUACUCGCAACGGACGGCGAAGUAGCUUAUACAGGUAAAGUCAGGCAACGUAGCCUCAAGAAACUGCGCUCGAGGAAUUAUGACGGAAAUGACGAGGACUGGACCAACAUCAUCUCUUCCAUUCUCGGAUCGAAAACCGAGGCCUCAGUUAGCAUCCAGCGGAGGAAUAAUCUCGAGGUGACGUGUUCAGUGUCUGGCAAAGAUCCCAAAACCAUUUUGUCCAUCGCCAUCAACAAUAGAGUCGAAGAGAUCACACAGCGCCUUGGGACUAUCGAGCUGCCUCAAACGGAAGACACCGACGAUGUUGACCUCUUUGGCUGGGCGGCGCAGGCUGCCGAGAAGCGAGACGAGUUACAAGAAGAUGUCACAAGCCUGAACGAGCAGAUCAAGACGAAGGAUGAGGUGAUGGCAAGCCUACAGAAACAAAUCGAUGAAUUGGUGGAAGCCAAAGCUGAGCAUGAAAAGCAAAUGCUAUCAAAAUUUGCUCUCCUCCUGAAUGAGAAGAAGCUCAAAAUCAGAAACAUGCAACGGAUCCUCUCCACUGCAAAGCCAGAUCAGAAAAAGCUGAAGGAGAUGCAAGCCGUUAUCGGGAACGAAGCAGCUGGUGUGCCGCGGCGGAACAAGAGACCAGCUGAAGAUGCCGCGGAAGGCGAAGAUGAUGAGAGUGAUGGCUUCGAGACCACAGGUGCAGAACCGGUCACCAAUGCCGAGAAAGAGUCUAGCUCUCCGACUUCUGGUGACUCGACCCCAACACCUUCAGAGCGAGACGAGGACACGGAUGAAGACAACUUGGAUGCUCCGGCCGCGUAUUCGAACCAGCCAAGAACACGAGCAGUGGAUCCAGAACAGGAUCAAGGACAGAGCAGGACGCAAGAUGACGAGCAGACCAAGGGAAAGGUCCAGGCCACAACGGCUCCGGGAGACGACGAUGACGAGGAAACAGCAAGCGAGGAUGAUGAACUAUGAACAAAAGGAUCUUGCACGAUCCAUUCCUGACGAUUCACGUAACAUUUGGAUACCCAUUUUGCUCUGAGAAAGGAAAGGUCUUGGGAAUGGUAAAUUCAUUCGCUUUCAUUCAUUGGCUAUCCACUUGGACAAAAUCUCCCCGUAGAGCCAGCAAGACUUGGUUAUAUUCUCUCGAGGCCCCUGUGAAAAG